UCCAGUACAGUAGAUGGCAGAAUGAGAUUCGUGUUCAUAUUGCUCCUAGAUGAAGACUGGGCAGCUGAUGCGGUCUCCCCUGACCCGUCUUUAUUGUGUCUAACUUCAUAGGCUAACUAUCAUGGGCAGUUUUUACAUGUAUUUUUGGAUGGUAACAAGAGGACAAACCCGGACUCUCUGAAGACACAUGAGAUAGACGUGAAAAUUUCACACAAACUACUGAUGAUGGUCAACGAUGUGCAGAUAACUUUACCACUUGCAGAAUUCACCAUGGUCAUGGAUUUCCCAGGGCACUUUGAGCAGAUCUUCCAGCAGUUGAACUACCAGCGGCUGCAUGGACAGCUGUGUGACUGUGUGAUCAUGGUAGGCAGCCGUCAUUUCAAGGCCCACCGCGCUGUGCUUUCCGCCUGCAGUACGCAUUUUCGAGCCCUGUUUACUGCUGCUGAGGGAGAUGCCAGCACGAGGAUGAUCCACCUGGACUCAGAGGUGGUGACAGCUGAAGCAUUUGCUGCUCUCAUGGACAUGAUGUACACAUCCACGCUGAUGCUAGGAGAGAGUAAUGUUAUGGAUGUCUUGUUGGCUGCUUCUCAUCUGCAUCUAAAUGCUGUGGUGAAAGCCUGUAAGCACUACCUUACGACUCGCACUCUGCCCAUGUCUCCUCCGGCAGACCGUGGUGGUCAGCAUCACGCUGAGCAGCAACAAGCAGCAGCGGCUGCAAACUCUCAUCUCCAGCGCUCAUUUCUGCUGCAACAGCUCGGUUUGAGCUUGGUCAGUUCUGCCCUCAGUGGGGCUGAAGAUGGGGGAACAGGGACCGGGAGGAGAACGGGUUCAGGGUGCGGUAGCGGGUUAGUGGAUCAGCAUGGUUCUCACCCAACACGCCGCUUCCUGAAGCGCAAACAGCCCUUGUCCAUGAUAGCUCCAGAGCGGGGGAGGCCGCGCCUCUCCUCACAGGUGGAGGGGAUUGUGGGGGAAUCGGAGGGCCGAGAGGGUGGAGAGGAGCUUCUGUCUCCAGAUUCUCACAGUAAGAUGGUGGAUGAGGUCAUCGCUGGGGUCAUUCCAGGGGAUGAUGGAGGUUUACUAGAGCAAGAUGAGUACCGGAGGGGACUGACCCAUGAAGACAUGCAACUUCCCAGUCAGUCAGAUGGAGGCAGGGGAGCAGGACCGGAAAAAACGUUGCUGUUGCCGCGUAAAGAGGAGUACCCUGAUGCGAGCCAUCACCAUAGCGAGGGGAUAAAGAUAAAGACUGGAGGUGAGGAAGAAGAGGAGCAGCAGCAGCACAUGCAGGUCGUGGUGAAGAGUGAGCCACUGAGUUCUCCAGAGGCUGCCGAUGAGACUAGCGAUGUUACCUCUCAGGCAGAAGGGAGUGACCAGGUGGAGCCAGUUGGAGAAAAGCUGGAGCUGAGUCCAGAGGGCAGUGAGCGCAGCUUCUCCGAUCCCCAGCCCAGCUCUGAGCUACUAAUUAAAGGAAACAAGGGAUUAGGAGCAGCAGAAGACAGAGGAAGAGGAGAGGAGCUCUCCUGCAGUGACGCUCUGGAGCCCUCUUCCGGGUUGCAUAUCUCCAGUUUCCUCAGCACAAAGACCUUUGCUGGCAGAGGGGCGUCAUCUAACCUUGCCCAUAGUGUUGACAAUGUUCCUAACACUACAACCGGAGAGUUUCAAGCAGACCACGAUUCUGCUCGCUUCUUCCUUCCUACUGAUUCCAUCAACACUGCAUCUUCCUCUCUGCACCUUCUUCCAGGCGAGGCACAGGUCUGCUCUGACUUGCAGCCAGAGUCUCUCCUUCUACGGCCACUGCAUGAUGGAAUAGCAUCAUCUUCUUCAUUAACGCCGUCACGUGGUGGAUCGGUGGACCAGCUUGCGCUCGAGUUCCAGCGCAACAUUUUGGGAUUGCAGACCUUCCCUCGUUCAUCCAGGGGUGGCGCUGCAGGGUGCCACUCAUACAGGCGCAUCGCUCCCAAAGUUCCGCCAGGAGGUGCUUCAAUGCUUACGGAUGGCCCUCAGCAACUUGAUGUUGCUUCCUCGUCCUCUUCCUCCUCAAUGCUUCUUAAUGGAGUAAACUUUGAGGGUUCUAUCACUGUGGGUCAAAAUGGUAGCAGCUCCAACUUGAACCCUCUACCCCAGUUGACAAGAGCCUCUGCAGAUGUUCUGUCAAAGUGUAAAAAGGCACUAUCCGAGCACAACGUGCUAGUGGUGGAAGGUGCCAGGAAGUAUGCCUGCAAGAUCUGUUGUAAGACGUUCCUCACUCUGACAGACUGCAAGAAACACAUAAGAGUUCAUACGGGAGAGCGCCCGUAUGCCUGUCUGAAAUGUGGCAAACGCUUUAGUCAGUCCAGUCACUUGUACAAGCACUCAAAAACAACCUGCUUACGAUGGCAGAACAGUGAUAUGUCUAAUGCCCUGCUCUAAUUCAUCACAUUCGCAGUCACUCCAAAGACGCCAUACAAGGAUGACCGGUGGCCACCAGUCAGUUUCUCUACUGUAUGGGCAGACCUGUACACCAUAAUCCCACAUCCGCCAUUAUAGUAGCUCUGGUAACUUUUUUUAAGUGUUUCAACACUGUUGUUUGUUGUUAACAUGCUUCCAAUUAACAUGCCAUUGAUGGUACAAAUUAAAUGGAUAGCUUACCCAAAAAUCAAAACUAACCUGACUUUCUUUCUUCUGCAGAACACAGAUUUUUUUUUUUUUUUUAUAAAGUAAAGUCUGUAUGAGUGUUUUUAUUUUUGGUCCAUACAGUAAACAUUAGUUUUAAUUUUAUGGACAGAUACAGUUGAAUCAUUCUUCAAAAUAUCUUUUGUGUUCAGCUAAAGAAAGAAAGUCAUACAGGUUUGGAACAACAUAAGAAUUUAAAUUUUUGUGUGUACUAUCCCGUUAGGUUUCACUGUGAAAUAUUUUUAAAAGAAUGGUAAUGGAGAGGUCUGCGCUAAGCAUUGCAAGCAGAUGUCAGACAGAACCUUAGUAGCUGAAUCCUGGAUCAUGAUGAUCAGAAGCUUUGAGUUUCAGUCCCUCUAUGGAAGUUAGUGUUGUAUUGUCAGCUGUGUGUUAUUGAAGUAUUUUUGCUUAUGUUUACCAUUAGGCCAGUGGUUCUCAAACAGGGAGCCGGGGCCCACUAGGUGAAUUUUCAAACUUCCGGGAAACCCUUAAAAUGAUUUAAAUUGAGUUAUAUUAACAAUCUUGAUACUUAGAAUAAAGAUGUACAACAUUAAACUUCAUAUUUUUUACUUUAUUUCUUUUAUUAGUAUAGAAGUACAUGUCAGCUUAAAUAGAUGGGCCUUCGAAAAUUGUCUAAAAAGAUGAGAACCACUGCUUUUAAGCGGUGUUCCAAAACCAAGCGAGCUGCCUGGCUGUCCACUGCCUCCUAAAGCAGCAUCCUAACUGAAAUGGAACCUCACAUUGGAACAUAGGCAGUUGCUUUGUGCGCCACACAUAAUGCUUAACGUUUCAGAGCUCCAAAGGCAGGAAUGAGCAGCUCCAGUCCUUGAGGGCCACUAGCCAGCAGAGUUUAGCUCUAUCCCUAAUCAAACACCCCUGCCUGUAAUUUUCUAGUAAUCCCAAAGACUUUGGUUAGAUUAUUUCAGGUAUGUUUGAAGCUAAACUCUGCAGGACACUGGCCUUUCAGGACCGGAGUUGCCCAUCCUUGCACUAAAGGGAAAUGGUGAUGGGAGGAAAAAAUAUUUAAAUGCUGCUUGCAUUCACUCGUGAAACUUUUGUGCUCGUGAACCCCCGCCCCAAAAAACGUUUGGAUUCUCUUGCAAAAAUGUGGUGUUCUUGCAAAAGUUUUCAUUUCAUUCCCCUAAGAAACUUUGCAUUUACUUGCAAACUUACAUUUCAAUGCUUUUGUGUCCGCUAAUGCAAAGUUUCUCAGGCAAACAGAAACCUUUUGCGAGAGAAUGCAAAGUUUCUUGGAGGAACGCAAGUCCUGUCUACUUGAUAUCCCCUCUCACAUUUAAAUAAUUCAGAUCUCUAACAGAAUCUGUUAUGAGCUGUCCAAAUGUUGUUUCUUAUGCUUAAAUAGCGUUAAAAAGUUUAAAAAAAGAUUUCAGGUUGGUACCAGUGCGCAUGGUCCUAUUCUAAGCCGAUUGCCGAUUGGGUCUUUUAUUUAGAAGGACGGGACUUAUUCCAUCUUAUUUUGCAUUGCACUUUCUCUCAUUCAUACUAAUAUGAGUGCAUUAUCUUCAUUUGAUGUUAGAAUGUUGCUAAAUAGCAUGUUUUUAGUAUAUUUAUCCAUUUUUGGAUGCAUUUUCUUCCAGUGAGCUUGGCGCAAUGCAUUCUGGUAUUGCCUUUGUCGUGCAGGAUACAUGUGAUUCUGCUUUAGAAUUUGGGCAGAAUCAGCCUUCACAUUAAGAAACUGCCUUUAAAGCCUUAAAAUACUGUCUAGGUUGUAAGCUUGCAAGGUUUUGGAACACCGCUGAUAUGUAGCAAAUGGUUUAAUAGAUGAGUAGCCUACCAGAAACACUACUGGUACACUUUUACUGUUAAAAGGUCAAAUAAAAUGCCUUCUAUUAUAAGGCAAAUUGUGAAUCAAGUAUGGCUGACCAUAUGUGGAAAUAAAUCAAAAGUGACUGAAAGCCUUGUUGCCCAGAUGUCUCUAAGCUAAUUAACACCUAACUAAUACUAACACCUAAUGAUUAAACAUUAUUUGGUGUUUUCUAUGGACCGCAGUUAUUAUCUUGUAUUUUUGAAAAUAUUAAUGUGGUAAUAUGUUCAAAAUUAAGGCUAUUCCCUUUUGCACAGAAGAGGUGAAUGUAGGAACAUUUUGACUUAUAGCACUGUGUAUUUGUGCCUUUUUCUAUUGUAUUCGGAUGUUCUUAUAUUGAUAAAGGCUGUGCAGAUAGAAAGCAUAAACAAAGCAUUGAAGAGAUGGACUUUCAGCGUGUUUUGCUUCUGGUAAAGCUAACAUUGAUGCCUCUGUGGCUGAAACUGCUAUUAGUACUGAGAGAAUAGACUACGAUGUUUAUGGCUACUCAUUUUCCAUAUUAGCUCAAGCACAUGCUUGGUGGUACAUUCAUAUUAAAGAAUUUGAGCAAAAUCAAGUGGUAGCUAUUAGUCAGGUUGUCACUUUAGAAAAGGGUGUUAAUACAUUCAUGUGCCUCUUUUGACCUUCCAGAGCACAGAGAGAAUGUUAAAGAAAAUGAACUUUUAUGUAAAAAUUGCACCUUCAGUCUUUAAGGCUUUAAUGUUUUAUGGUUUGUGGAGUAAGUAAUCAUAGGAUUUUAAAAAUGAUCCGUAAUUUGCUGUAAAUAAAAAUAGAUGUUCAGUCUUUGUAUUAGUGGUUGUUUAUGGAUACUGUUAAGAGUUAAUAUUAUAUUACGGUCAUGUCCUAGUAUUUUGUGAGAAGUGUUGUCUUCUGUCAUGUGUUUGAUGCUGUACUGAGAGGAGUCCUUAAAUACUCUAAGUAUAACCGUUAAGAUUUAAAAGCUGCUUUUAUAAACACAUUCCAACCUGUAAAUAAGCUAUCUUACCGUAGAUUUUUGUAUUUUAUUUAUGCCAUCUUUUAUUUGAAUAUAAGUAAUGCCUUUUAUGCUCAAUAUUGCCCCUAUAUGAAAUCUUGUUUGAUUGGAUUAACUCGAAGGUACUGAAUAUGGAAAAUCAUAACCUAACCCCUUAUCGAAGACUGCACAUUAAUCUAAAACAAAAUGGAGACAUUUAAGUCUAUAAAUUACUGUACUUUUAUUUUUUCAAAUUAUUGAUUUUUUUUUUUUUUUUUUUUU